AAAUUUUCGGUUUUCGCAGAGAUAGGGAGGGAGAGAGUUAACGUAUUGUUACCCACGUAAGUGGCAAUUACUUGGUUUGGCCGCGGCAAUUGAACACGGAAAUUAACUUGUGUCUAAAAAUCCUUGAACCGGAAUAUUGAAUUGGAUCUAGAAUUUUAUAGGUAAAAGUAUAGUAUUUCACUGUACAAGUUAAAGCAUUCAAAAUUCAGCGACCAAGUUCAGGGGGUGAUUGCCCCAGACUAGGGAGUACCCUUUUCCAGCUGCCCGGGGGGUGAACUCUGCUAGUGCCAUGAUGAAGGGAGAUGACGUCGAGACUGGUAAUUUGGGGCCUUACCCAGAUAGGCCAAGGACAUUUCCAAACAUGCGUAGUAAACCAUAUACCCCUUGAUUUUUCGAAUUCUCAGGGGAAUAAAUGUUCGUGUUCUUGCCAUACUUCUCCUUUUUGGCUUCGGAUAUGUCUUUUACAUUGGGGCAAGUACUUCUCCAAUCAUUGUUUUUGUCUUCUCAGUUUGCAUUGUCAGCUUCCUUUUGUCAAUCUAUCUCACAAAGUGGGUCCUUUCCAAGGAUGAAGGGCCUCCAGAGAUGGUUCAGAGAUCAGAGGCUAUACGUGAUGGAGCAGAAGGAUUCUUCAGGACACAGUAUGAUACUAUCUCCAAGAUGGCAGUGUUGCUAGCGCUAGUGAUCCUUGGCAUAUUUGUUUCGAAAUACAACUCCCCAACAAGAAUCCUCAGGCUUAGGAAGGGUGACAUCUGCAUGUAUCACUGUUGCUGCAUUUCUUCUGGGGGCUCUAUGUUCAGGUGUUGCUGGGUAUGUUGGGAUGUGGGUAUCAGUUCGUGCAAAUGUCCGAGUCUCCAGUGCUGCAAGACGGUCAGCAAGAGAAGCAUUGCAGAUAGCUGUCCGUGCUGGUUUUUCUGCCUUGGGGUGGUUGGUAUGGCUGUGAUUGGUAUAGCCAUCCUUUAUGCAGCAUUUUAUGUUUGGCUGGAAGUGGAUUCACCUGGUUCAAUGAAGUCACAGAUUUGCCUCUUCUUCUCGUGGGAUAUGGUUUUGGAGCUUCAUUUGUUGCCCUGUUUGCUCAAUUGGGUGGUGGAAUAUAUACAAAAGCAGCUGAUGUCGGGGCAGAUCUUGUUGGAAAAGUAGAACAAGGAAUACCUGAAGAUGAUCCUAGAAACCCGGCUGUAAUUGCAGAUCUGGUUGGGGACAAUGUUGGUGAUUGUGCUGCACGAGGUGCAGAUCUUUUUGAAAGCAUUGCAGCUGAGAUAAUUAGUGCCAUGAUACUUGGUGGAACAAUGGCUCAGCGGUGUAAAAUUGAAGACCCUUCUGGCUUCAUCCUGUUUCCUCUUGUCGUGCACUCAUUUGACCUGGUGGUAUCAUCGAUUGGAAUACUUUCAAUUAGGGUUACACGUGACUCCGGUGUGAAAGUUCCACUAGAGGAUCCAAUGGCAAUCCUU